AUGCUACUUGACCAACAUGACGCAUGCCAAUGGCACUAUGUAGCUGAAGGCAACGCCAACAUCGUGCUUCGAUAUACCGGAAACAACCCCGAUUUGCAAGGUCAGGUUAUCCGAUUGCAAAAGACUGGAGGUCUCGGUGACAACAUGCAGGUUGCCAAAUUCUCUGUCGAUUUCUUGUCCCACAUCAUUGCUCCCUUGAUCGGUUGGCAGUACCUCCUUCCUAUGAAAAUAGUACAAGUGACACCCAUGUUUCUUCACCUGUUGAAAGAAAGGAUCAAGCCAGAACGGCCUGCCCACCGUUUGAUUCGCGAUAUCGAUGCCAGCUCUUCUUGGGCGUUUUUAUCUCGCGAUUUAAUGCAGCGAUGGUGGCCCCAAAAGACAUUAACGGUCGAACUCAAGCCUAAAUGGGGAUUCAAACCUAGCUCACCUUUUAUUGUUCCCGAACAUCAAGCGUUGAAGCGGACGAUGUGUCGUUUUUGCAUGCACAGUCAUCUCAAGGGAGAAAAAUCGAUGUAUUGCCCAUUGGAUCUGUAUUCGAAGUGUCCUACGCGCAUGCAACGCGCUUUAAAAGGGCUGGGUCAAUAUCCUCAGGGUAAACUCGCUUUUUACUUGGAUGGGCAGUCGUUGCUACCCGAGAAUUUAAAACAAGGAGGUUUACCGGGUUUCGGCUCCUGGGACCACAUCAUGGAAAUGGUGCAAAAGGUUUUAGAAAAAGAUCCCAUCUUAUCCAAACUGAAACUUUUACAGCAGCAAUUGGAUGAACUGGAUGUGGAGGCUAUUCAUGACAUGUAUCAACAAAAUCACGAUGGCCUCGAUCCUUUUUCUCUCGACGCAUGGAAAGAAGUGGUCGAGCAAUUCAAGCAAAGAACCACGAGCAUACAAGAUGCCGCCUUGACGAAUGCAAAACAACGCUUGUUUGAGUAUGUACUCUCCAUGACAUUUAAAGAUUGUUCAAUCAUGCUAUGCGUGACCCCGAUUUCCCAUGACAGCACAAGCCUCUUCAACGCCAGCACAAGCCAGAAUACCGUGAUAGAAUUAUCGUCCAAGGUGCGAUUCGCUUACGACAUCCGACUGAUAGACUUGGACAUGAAAAAGAUGACCAAAAUACCUUAUUGGUAUGCUCUGGACCAACAAAUCGUGCAGUAUAUCCUCCAACAUCAUCUUCAACGAGAAUGCGCCGAAUAA